GUAGGAACUAUUUGUCGCGGAACGCUUGAAGGGUUUGUUGUUCCGGGCUGCUUUUUGAGGCGCACAGUUGAUGGCGACCAUCUCUAGAAAUUUCUAGUUAAGUAGCAGAUUGUGAACGCGCUGUUUUAAAGAAAAUAGUCCGCUUUAUAUUGAUCAAGUCAUGGGAAGAAGCAGGAGUCGAACACCACCACGACGAGAGAGACGGCGCUCACGCUCAUCCUCGCGAGAUCGUGAGAGGAGGCGCAGGGAGCGCGAGAGGUCCCGGUCCCGAGACAGAGACAGACGAAGGUCACGCUCACGUUCCCCCCACAGACGCAGAUCCAGGUCUCCACGGCGACACCGCUCCUCCUCCCUAUCUCCAUUGCGGCAGAAGGACAGACGGGACGAUGACAGGAAGGAAGUUAAGGACAAACCAGCAAAGGUCCAUCAGAUAUCAGGUGGAGAUU